AUGACGAAAAUCAUAGAAUUUCAUAUUCGAUUGAUUCAAUUAGUGUUCCUUUUUCGUAUUUUUACUCAAAGAUGCGCACAUUCUUAUCUCACUUAUUGUAUCGUCACAUUGUCGUUAGAAUUCUUGUUGGAAUCCAUUAAAAAUACAAGGACCCUUGGUUUUCAACAAACGAAAUUUGAUUUCGAGAUGAAAAUUUGA